CUUACAGACUUUGCAUACUUUAAAACUCUCCGAAAAGCAAUAUACUCAGGAAAGCUUCUCCUUCCUUUCCAAGAAAAAGCAGACCAAAACCACUCUUAGCAAUUCAAGAAUAAAAUCAAAUAAAAUUCAUUCCUCACACAGAUUCCUCCAUGGAAGAAGAAUCGGAGCAAUAUCCAAAGGAGUAUGAUUAUAAUCGACAAGACAACGCGAGGACGGUCCCACCUUCGUCUUCUUCUUCGUCGACGGCGAACAUUCAGGUUACGGCUCUCGACGGCAUCGUCAACGUCAACUCGCUCUUCACCAUCGCCGUCUUCGUCGGCCUCUCUCUCACCACUCCAGGUCAGCGAAGCCUGGAGAACCGAUCGUCGUGCGACGCCGGAACCGACGUGGCGAAGAAGCUUCUGGUGUUCGAGGUGGUAUCGUUCAGCUUCUUCCUGUUCUCAUCGCUGGUGGCUCAGGGGCUGAAGCUUGCGAUCAACCUGUUGAAUAGCAAGGACGUGGACGAGGCGUUCAGAUCGCAUCUGAAUGUGAAGGUUUUGAGGCUCGGAAUGUUGGGCUCCGCCGUGGGCUCCGUCAUGGGGUGCUUGUUCUUGAUGCUGUCGAUGAUCAAUGUGAUUCAGAUCAGAUUGGGAUUGCUGUCUUGUGGAAGCAAAUCGGCGAUUCAUUCGGUUAUUGCUCUCGUCGUGCUUGUUUCUUCUGCUCUUUUGACGUAUAUUUCAACUGCUGUAUAUGCUUUCACUCAUUAAUUCAUGAACUCAGUUGCAACAUAGAAAUAAUAAAAAUAAAAAAAAAACAAGUGAUUGUUGUCUUAA